AUGGAAACGAUACUAGAUCUUGCUGCCAACGUAACGCAGCUGCCGGUGGACGAGUUUGUGACACCGAGCGGUACCUGGAUCGAACAAAAGUGGAACGGGUUUUUGGAUAUUAUUGGUGAUGAUAUCGAAACGCUGUAUUUCUACCUCCUCACCUCGUACACCUACAUUUUCUUCUGGAUCGUCGGUGGUCUGUUCGUGCUGAUGGAUGUAACCAAUAAGCCACGCUUUAUGCGCAAGUUUAAAAAUCAACCCGGUGUGAAUGAACCGCUCGAAUGGGCCAAGCUGAAAAAUCUGGUGAAAACGGUCGCGUACAACCAGCUCGUGUACGGUCUGCCGACAUCGUACGUGUCCUUUCAGGUGGGCAAACUGAUUGCCCACAGCAUUCCGGAUCCGCGCCUGCUACCAUCGCUGUACAUCAUUGUACGGGACGUUAUGGUGUGCAUUGUGUCCUGGGAGAUCACGUUCUACUACAGCCACCGGUUACUACACUCGAGCUUCUUCUACAAGCGCAUCCAUAAGAAGCAUCACGAGUGGUCCGCCCCGGUGGCGUGGGCAGCCAUGUACGCGCAUCCGUUCGAGUUCAUCAUCAGCGAUCUGCUUCCGGUGUACGUCGGUCCCGCCCUGAUGACCUCUCACGUCUUCACGAUCCUCAUCUGGUUUACGUUCGUCAUGAUGGACACGCUGGUCGACCAUUCGGGGUACCAUCUACCGGUGCUCGGCAGCUCCGAAAUGCACGAUUACCACCAUCUCAAGUUCAAUCAGUGUUACGGAUUGUUUGGCUGGUGGGACGGGCUGCACGGUACGGACAGCGAGUUUCGCAAGAAGAAACAGUACCAGCGGCAUCAUCGCAUCUUCAGCUUCAAGUCGGCACGGGAGCUCGUACCGGAACACUAGCGCGGCUAAGCUAAUCGGAAGCGAACGAUGGUCACGCAUCUAGUGCGGUGAGAAAGCAGUGUGUGUACAACGUUGCCAAACAGGGAACCCACCAAAACCAUCCAUCCAAGGCAAUGGACAGACGCACAGCCCCGUCUAGCUGCGUACACGCCCGUGUAUCAAGGUUUUGCGCGAAUCGCCACCGUAAUAGAGAGUAGUGAGACGGCCUUCCCGUGCUGUGCUGAAUUCAAAUGGGCAUAUUUAAAACCAAGCAACACACACAAAACCAUACCAUAAUCAUCACAAAACCCGUCACCUUUAUGACAACUCGCCGAUGGUGUCGUGUGCGCUCGAAUGUAUUAUUACGGAAUAGUAUUAUCGUUAUCUUUUCUUUACUCUGAGGAACUGAUUUUAACUAGCGUUAGCAUGUGUUAGCAUUUAAAGGGCAAGCAUGAGAUGCUUGAGUCAGUGGGGGCUCCGCCGGGGGUUAUAACCAUUGUAUAAAACCCAAUGGCCAAACAUUAGGCCACCAGCCACCGUGCUGUGUUGGUGUAACGAAUAAUCAAUAAUGAGCAUAAAACAAAAUACAAACACUCAAACAAA